UGCCACCGUAGAUUUUAUUUUAGGUUAUGUUAGAUUUAAAAGCGAUUUUAUUUAAAAUAAACACAAAAAAAUGUUGUCGAGGAAUUUAGCGAAUGCUACUAAGUUAGCACUUAAUGGCUCUAGUUCUAAAACUAUUCGUGCAAUUACUAUUAGACAAAGGUCUUAUACGCCUAUGAAUACGGUUGUAAUGUUUGUUCCUCAACAAGAAGCAUGGAUAGUGGAGAGAAUGGGCAAAUUUCACAGAAUCUUAGAACCAGGGUUAAACGUGCUAAUUCCUAUAGCAGACAGAGUUAAAUACGUGCAAAGCCUUAAAGAAAUAGCGGUCGACAUUCCUAAACAGAGUGCUAUAACAUUGGAUAAUGUUACGUUAAGUAUUGAUGGUGUAUUAUAUCUUCGAAUAAUAGACCCUUAUUUAGCAAGUUAUGGGGUUGAAGACCCAGAAUUCGCCAUCACACAACUAGCACAAACCACAAUGAGAUCCGAAUUAGGUAAAAUAUCACUUGAUAAAGUGUUUAGAGAGCGUGAAAACCUAAAUAUUCAAAUAGUUGAAUCAAUUAACAAAGCUAGCGAAGCUUGGGGUAUGACAUGCUUACGUUACGAAAUUAGGGACAUAAAACUACCAAAUCGAGUACAUGAAGCCAUGCAGAUGCAGGUUGAAGCAGAAAGAAAAAAACGUGCAGCCAUUCUUGAAUCUGAGGGUGUACGUGAAGCUGAAAUUAAUGUAGCUGAAGGUAAAAGGAAGGCCAGAAUAUUGGCUUCAGAAGCUGAUAGACAAGAACAGAUAAACAAAGCCACUGGCGAAGCUGCAGCUAUUUUGGCUGUGGCUGAUGCUAGAGCAGGUGGUUUAAAGAAGGUUGCUGAAGCAUUGGGAAACAAUUUGGGGCCCAAUGCGGCUUCCUUGACCAUUGCAGAGCAGUAUGUUAGUGCUUUUAAUAAACUGGCUAGGACAAAUAACACUUUGAUAUUGCCUGCUAACGCUGGUGAUGUUAGUUCCUUGGUUACUCAGGCUAUGGCUAUUUAUGGUUCCAUUAUGAAGAAUCAGCAGCCUACAGAUAACUACCAGACAGUUAAGAAGUUGUACACUCCACUUCCAAAUGCCAAGGAUGAUUUGGAGGAAUUUUUUAGUGAUGAAGAAGAUUUAAAAAAGCACAAAGAAAAAAUGGAGAACAUGACUCAGCCAGAAAAAUAAUGUGUCAACUUGUCAACCAAAUGGGUUCUUUGCAUUUUAUUGUGAUUAUUUAUAAAUUAUGUUGUAUAUAAAUUGUUAUUAUUAAAUAAUACAACAGGAAUACAAUUAAAAUUAAUGUAAAAAUUAUUUGAACGAAAAUAAACGAAUUUAAAAAAGU